AUGUCGCAGUUCGAAAAACUUCAAGACGAUAUUUUAAAUAGGCGUUGUAGUAUUUUCUUGAGGCGGAAGGCUCAAUUGGAUUCUGAAUUUGAUACAAGGAGAAAGAAUCUUCAAAUAAUCAAAACUCUUCGACUCGAUGCCCUCACAAGAAAACUAAAUUUUCAACGAGAAUUUGCUUUAAACAAUUUUGAACAUGACAAGGAAUAUACAAAACAACAAAUAUCUAAAAGGAUUGAUGAAAAACUGGAACAAGUUGAAAAUGAAAUGAAACAAAUUGAAGAUAAUUUCCACCAAGAAAUACUUUCUUCCUUUAAUAAUAAUAAUAAUUCAACAACAAAAUCAUCAAAACAACAUUUAGGAAAAUUAAAAUGGGGAAUUAAUCGUUAUAUAAUUGAAAAUAAUGAAAAUUCUAAAAAUAAAAGAGAGGAUUUGAGAAGUAAAAAAAGCAGUAAAUAUUCAAAUUUACCUUUAAUGAUUGCACAAUUGUCUAAAAAUAAAAUUAUGGAAGAUUUGGAAUUAAUAUUAUAA